AUGACAAAAAAUUACCCACAAAACAGAAAACCCAAACCGAGCGACGAAGCCAAAGCCAAAACACAAACCCCAAAACCCCAGCGACGGGGCCAAGCCACUCGACGAAACCCUAAUUACCCUCCGGGCGGCGCCGAUAGCUUCGUCGACGAUCCUCGCAAUUGGAGCCGCUCCAUAAAAUCCAAGAUUGACCGGCCCUAUGGUUUUGAGGACGACGAUGAAGACGACGAUGAUGAAGAAGAUAGGAGUUUGGAUCUGUUAGUGAGGUUUGUUCAGAAUGUAUUUUCGAAGGUGUCCAAGCGAGCCAGGAGGGCAGUCCGAUCGGUUCUCCCCGUUGCAAUCCCCACCAAGUUGGGGGGGUUGUCUGUUAAUGGGGUGCUAGUGCUGGCGUUUUUGUGGGUAUUGAAGGCAUUUCUUGAGGUAAUGUAUACAAUUUUCGGUGUAUUUGGUUGUUAA